ACGAUAGAAAUGAUAUCAGAUAACGUAGGGAGCAUGAUAGGGUGGCUCAAUUAAUCUCGCACAUCCACCAACCACUAAUACGACCAAGUACACGUUGUAUGAGUGCUUCGGAGGGCGGCAGCUGCUAUACCAUACCAAUGACACCGUGGAAUGCUUAUCCCGUACGUGCCACAAUCUACAGGCAUAGCGAUGUCAUCGUGUAUAAUCGCUUGCUGGUUCAAAAGCCAGACAAUGUCAACCAUCGAACGCGCCUAAGAUCACACCCCAGAUCUUUUGACCCGCCCUGCAUGAAGCUUAUGAUGAUGUUCUUGUUACUUCAUACCGCCAUCAUCAUCUUGGCUGCACCUGCAGGCUCCGAUACGGCACGUCGGGCAUCUACUGCCGGGUCCUCUGUCAUCAUGACGCAGGGAACUUACCCGGAUUCUUCAUCUAUAGGAAGCAAUCGUAAUUUUAUAAAUCUUGCCUCGGAUACGCUGGCGUCUGGAAGCACGGCUUCUGUACUUGUGACCGCUGCAGGAUCGGUAGCCAGCAGUAAGUCUGCCCUACUUGAAUCAUUGCGCAAGUUUCAUGUCCGAUGUCCAGUGAUGACUGCGCCGACCGUGACCAGGCCCUUGCGGAUUAGACCUAGUACAGCAACUAAUGACCCGGAAAUACCCAAUACUUGCAUACUCGGAACGUUCAACAUCGACGAAACCUCUUUGAAAGUAUACAUGGUCGGGGUAAUCCUAGCGGCGUCUUUUGCAGGCAUGACCCUUAUAAUUGUCAGCCUGCUUACCUGUUCUAUGGGCAGUUCUUGCGCGCUGGGAACUCCUGUUUACAGGAGAAUAUUGUGUACUCAUCGAGUUAAGGCGUAGCAGAGCUGCGCCUCUCUGCAUGCGUGAUGCUGCCAAGUUGACACGUCCUGGUGAAAUGCAACAGCGGUGUGAACGUCAUACACUAUACACUAUGUUGGUAAAUUAAUUUUACAUUUUGAGAUUACUAUCGUACACACCCUGAUCAUAAUAUGCAACGAGCGACUCCACUUUGCCAUCAUAUCUGGAGCUGCUUGAAGUUAGCCGUAAU